UUUUAAUUUAAUGCCCUCCUUGGACGUCCAAUGAGAUGACAGCAACAAGACCUGGUUCAUAGCACAGGAGCAUGGAGGAUGGUUACUAUGGUUACAACCCUAAACAAACCAUCAGUGAACAGAUCCAGGGGCAGGCCAAAGCUCUUCAGGCCCUGAAAGCCAACAACCCUGACCUUGGGGGUCAACACAGGUCACCUAUCCUAUCCUCGGGUCCAGGUUCACUCAAUGGCGAUGCAUCCAGGCCAAGGAAAUGGAUUAUGCCAAAGACACCUGACCUGAGCUCUAAGCAGAAUGACCUGAAGCUGGAGAGGCAGCUGGCUCAGAGACAGGAGGCUUACGCCAAAGAGCAAGCAUGGACCAAGAAACAGAUAGAGAAACUGACCAAAGAGAGACUAAAGUUGGAAGAGGAGGAAAGGAAGUUGGAAGAAGCAAGGAAAAGAUGGAACAUCCCGUCUCCUCCUUUAGAUCCAAUCCUGACACCCACGUCCUCUCAGACCGGUGAUCAUGAAGAAACUCCUGAAGAGAUGCAGCAAAGAAUCCAAGGGAAUCUGAGAAAAAUGAGGAAUGAUUAUGAGAAAGACAAACGAGAGCUAGAUGCAUCCAUUUUGCAGUCUUCCAAGCAUUCAUAUGAAACAACUCAAGCGAUACAAUACUACAUGAUGAGAGAUAUUCUUAUAGAUGUUGUAAACGAAGUGGUCGAUAAGUGCAGUGACAGCUCAAAGUUAAAGAAGAAGAAUAACAUGACAAGGUUGCUUUUAGCAGCAGCAGAGAAAGACUAUGAUUUGUCUCAGAAUUUCCAGCGCAAGGAAAGAGCCAUGCAACUCAUAUCAGAAGAAGUAUUCCUGCAGGUUACAGCUAAGAUGUGCCUUGAGACCGUACAGGAGUGGAUGAGCACAGAAGACUAUGUGAAAUCAUCAAUCCAGAAACUAAUCAUCAACUCAGCAGAGGCUAUAGCCACAAACAACAAAGAAGGCAGAAAAGACGAUGACCCUGCUUAUGACCUCAUCACAGCAACCUACUUCCAUAUGUGCAAGGAAAGACGAAAAAAGAGGCCUACAGUUUGGAAACACACCCAAACUGUUCACUACAUAGACUCAGAGAAUGACAGUGUCUUGUCUGGGGUUACAACUGAUCAUGAUGUCACCAAACUAAACAUGUCUAGACUUGUUCCUGUCCACCUCUGGACGGAAAAACGAUACACACUUUCCCUGGAAUACUACAUCAAACGAGAGAGGGAGCAUUGGCAGCCUGAACGUAUGACCAUUCACCCAUCCAACAUCGGUGUAACCAAGAGAGUAUUUGGGGUAUUGACCAUAGCGGUCUCACCCUCACAGAGAAUGAUAGCAAUGGGAACUGUAAGAGGUGAUAUAUUUGUCUUUGAUCUUUGGUACGACUCCCCGAAUCCUGUCCGCUAUAUCAAGAACGAGGGCGCUUCGUCGGACGGAGUCAUGCACAUCUCUUGGAGCCUCGACAGCAAUCGCAUCAUCACUCUCAAUGAAUCGGGGUCUGUGUUCAUGUGGUCAUUACACCCUGGUGGCUCCAACAUCAAAGACAUCAGAAGCCUGGAGUUCAAAGACUCUAGUGAUGAGAUAGCGCCCUCUCAGUUGACCCUUCUCCUAGCCCUAGACUCUGAUGCAGAUGACUUUGACUUCCACGAAGGUCCAUUAGCCAGGAGUAGAGCUCAGACUGAGUCUCAGACACCAGUGGUGACUGCCUUUCAUCCGUCACACACUCUUAUUGGAUCUCAGAAUAGUCUCAUGGUCAGUUUUGAGAGUGGAGACAUCUAUAAGUGCAAUGUAGAACAACAGAUAACAGAAGAUUCAGAAAGCUUCCAGAAUUCAGAGAAUGUCAUGCUUCCCAAUGUUCAAGGAGCAGGGGACACAAUCGGACAAGACAUUCCAGUGGAACUCUUCCGGGCUCACAAGCAUGCCGUUAUUUACCUUGGUUACGUUGGUAACUAUGGCAACAUGAUAUCCGUGGAUGUCAAAGGUUAUAUCUUCAUCUGGAAGUACACCAGGAGGAAAAUCAGUCACUACGGUUGGUUUGAGCCACUCGAAAAGUACUGGUUAGAGAUGGCGGAUGAGCUCUAUGUGACAAUCAACAAUGAAACACCUGAAAUAUACUUCAGUGAUGACUAUGUCCUAGAGAAAAAGAAGAUGAAGGGAAAGAACAAGGAUAGAAUGAAGAGAGAGCUGGAGGAGGACAGGAAGGAAGCUGAGCUGGAUUGGGAUGAUAUGAAGAUCAACCAAGUUUGGUUUAAAGAUUUCAAUAAGAAACUGAACAGGGAGACUACUGUAUACCGACCAGAUACUGUGGAUGCAAAGGGGUCACCAUUCCACAUCAUUGUGAGACAGAAGACUACUGGGAUGCUAUUAAAACAUUACAGCCAGCUUCAUAAACCUGUACAGCAUUCUGCGAGUCGACUGCUGGCUUGUCACCCCACAGCUACAGGCAAAGAACUGGUCUUCAUGCUCCUCUUUCCACCAUUUCCUCCAAAACAUGGUCACAUCACAUUUAUAGUUGUGAAGAUCGAUGGUCAGCUUGAGGCCUUGGACAGGCGGAUUGAUAUCGUUUUGACCCCUGCAGAGUAUGAACAAUGCUACAGGGAUGAUGUUUGCUCAUUUCAGAUGAGCAAUACCGUUGAUGCUAUCGGCUCAAGCUACAUCUACCUGAACUUGAUGGGGGCGUUCAUGGUCUUCUCGGUCAACACAGGCACCCUGGUCCUGUCUACCCGGAAAUCGGACACCAACGCACCCAUCCAGUGGACCCCGAAGUCCCCCACCAAACUCUGGACCAAUGCGCACAUGGCCCUGGCCCAGACCCGUGGCAGCACGUAUGUGAUGCUGUAUGCCGAGAACCAGACUUCAGUUCAGCUCUUAAAAGUGACUGACAGAAACACAAGGGACAAGAGAAUGGCUGUCAACAAAGCAUUCAAAUACUGGCAUAGUACCAACCCAAUCCUUGGUCCACGGCCCACGAUGGAACAGACUAUCAGACGGCAGGAUUGGGCCCUGAAACAGGAUCCCUGUGGUCAUGUGACCCUGUACCUCCGUCGUCUCGUUCUUAAGCUGGUUGAUGAUGCAGUCCAGAAGGUAGAUGGAGAGUUCUCGGAGGAGAACCGGAAGAUCCACGCUGAGCAGGACCUGAGGCUUGCUCAUCAGUUCUUUGGCGUAAGACUGAAGGGCCCUGGAGCUGUUGAAGAACAACCCCCAGACCAGAGAGAAGAUGAGAUUGAUUUAGAGCAGGAUAAUCAGAGGAUUCAGCCUGUACUUCAAGGCGAUGACAUCAGAGAUGAUGAAACAGAGGAACACCCAACUGUCUAGGGGACUCCUAGAGCUGUACAAGAACAACCUUCAGAGCUGAGGAACACCCUACUGUCCAAGAAACUCCUGGAGCAUUAGAAGAACAACCUCCAGAGUUGAGGAUAAUCAAAGGGUACAACCAAUCCCAAGGGGAUAAUCUGAGAGGUGAUGGGACAUUGGAACACCCUUCCUUUCAAGAGACUCCAUGGAAGAACUCUAAAUUGAGAAUCAAAGGAUGCAACCUCAAGUUCAAGGGCAUGAUAUCAGAGAUAAUGAGAUUGAGGUAUAUCAUACUGCCAAGGAGCCUCCUAGAGCCAUAGGACAA